AUGAAGGUCGCGUUUGUAGUGUUUUGUGCUUUUGUUGUUGUAGCUGCUGAUGAUGAAUGUGAAGCGAAACUAACUCAAAAGAUUAUUGCUCUUAAUGGCGACUUUUUCAAGCCUGGCACUAUUAAGACUGUAAGUAAUAAAAAGUUUUUAAAUUUGUUUAAGGCAGAGUAGGGUAGGUUAGAAAAGCGUAUAAUAAUGUAGGGUAGGUCAGGUUACCAUAGAGUUUAAAGAUUUUUUGACAGAUGUUAGGAUAAUACAGACCAGAUCAAAGCUGUAAAAAGAUAGGACAAGGCACAUGUUAGGGUAGGGUACGGUAGGUUUUAACAUCGGCAUGGGUAGCUUUUGAGGGUGGGGUACGGUAAGGUAAGAUUGUGUAGGAUAAAGCAAGACAACGGUCAGAUAAGGUAGGGCAUGGUAGGAUAAGGUAUGGCACGUUAAUACAAAGCAGGGUAAAGUAGGGCAGUGUACGGUAGGGUCAGAUAGUGCAUGGUAAAGUAAGGCAAGGUAAGAUAAGGUAGGGUAAAGCAGGGUAAGAUAACUCCUGUUAAGCCAAGUUAGGACAAGGUAGAGUAAAGUAAGACACUUAAAUACAAGGUAGGGCAAAGUAAGGUAGGGUACGGUGGGUAAGGUAGGGUAGGGAAAGGUAUUUUUUUUGUAAAAUACGGAAAUUAUAGCUUCUACGUCAAAACUUUGACAUGUACUACAAGCAAAAUAAGACGUUGAAAGAGAUUGCCGACUACUACUACACCAACUACAACAACAUUGACUACUUCAGCUCUUCUCAAAUUGAUCAGGUGAGACAAUUUGAAAUUUUUUUCAAAAUUUUUUUUACAGAAAUUUGCAAUUUUUUACUUUUCAGCUGACCAAAGUCUUGAACAACAUCACGACAUGUGUCGGAGGUCCAGAAGCCUUUACAAAACUCUACAACAACUCUCAGCAAAUUGCUUUAGACUUUCUUAAACCGGAUGAAGAACAGGUAAAUGAUUACUGUAUUUUCAAGUUUGUAAAUAAACUUCUUGUUAUUUUAUGUUUCGUAAAGAAAGUUCUUGCCAUUUUUCGUUUUUAAAGAAAGUUCUUGCCAUUUUUUGUCUUUUAAAGAAAGUUCUUGUCAUUUUAUGUUUUUUAAAGAAAGUUCUUGCCAAUAAUUUCGUUUUUAAGGUUGACAACGUGAUCAACUCCCAACCGCCAACAGCUACAGAUGAAGACGUUGCUACGGCCGUCUGUCAAAAGGUCUUUGAGCUGGCUACACUUCAAAGAAAAAUCGAAUUUGAAAAGAAGAUGUGGGCAACUUUGCCAGAGAAUUGUCUGGCAUCGUCCAAAGCAGCUAUAUCAACAAUUGCUAAAGUUCAUGUCGUUUGA